CGACACCUUCAUUCUUUUCUCGCAGCGUUCUUUCUUUUUUUUUUUUUUUUUUUUUUAAUCGUCAAGUCCACGAUGGACAAGUCUUGUUGACUCUUAGGAGUGCGGCCCGGGCAUGAAGAAGGUGAUGGUUGCUCCUCGCUUUCCUUCAAAGUUGCCGGAGUGACGCGACGACGAUGAUGAAGUCAGGCAUGCACAAGCCUCCGUUGGCACCUAAACCCAAGCCGGCACAGCUUCAGAAGGCCGCGCUGCCUCCCUCCACCCCCGCAAAAGAUGCCCUUUCGCAUCAACCUCCUGGCACGCUCGGGAAGACGAAGCCCACACUGGCCCCCAAGCCCAGCCUUUCCAGACUGGAGUCCAAACCCGUCCCUUCGAAGGAAAUCCAGCGGAUCAUCAGUGUCCUUAACAGCCAAAAUGGAGUUAAUCAAGAGAAGAAGAAACCAAACUGGGAUUAUAUUAUUCCUAUUUGUCUUUGUAGCCAGAAAAACUGCAUGUGCAUCAGGAACAGUCACAUGGACAAAACUCAGAAGGAAUUGAAGACAAACUCAAGUGAAAAAAAGCUGGACAAUGCAAGAACACCUAUAGCUAACGGCCAACUCCCAAGCCAUAAACCUACUCAACAGACUGCACCUGCUUUAGGCCAGAUCCUUAACAGGACCGCCUCAAGUCCUCAGUUGAAAGUCUGGUUUUCUUCUGACCAGAUCCGGAGCAAUGUCGCCAACGGUAAUGUUGGCCAGCAAGGGCAGGAUCCACAGGAAGAUAUGCAAAACUCUAGAAAGCCCUUUCCUGUCCCGGUGCCCCGUAAACCCAAGAAUACCUCCACUCUGAUCCACCAGGAAGAAAUUGAGGAAAUCCUGGAAGUGAGGGCCGUAGAAAAGUUAAAGGAGUCGUUUGAAGGGAAGGACAGUGAAUCCUUAAUAAGGCUCUUCUCGCGGCCUGCCCUGCCACCCAGGAAUAACCCUUAUCUUGCAGCACCUGAAAAGGCGCCAAGUUCUGCUCUGUCCACGUUUCAGGACAAUGUGGAGGAAGAAGACCUGGGCUGGGACAGCAUUUAUGAUACGGAGUUAUCUGUUGACAAGGUGGACGAUGAUGUGGAGGAGAGGGAAGCAAGACGUACUGACCAGGAGGCCGCCAAUAAAGACCAGAGCGACGGCUCUGGUCUUUUGGAGAACCAGGACAGGGUGGCCAAGGUAACUCCGAAGAAGCCGCAGAGGAACAACAGCCCAAUGGCUUGGAUGAAAAGGACUGCAUCACCUGACGCGAUAAAACUCGGAAUUAACCGACCCCUGCCUCCUGUAAAGGCGACCAAAACUUUGGAAAAGCAACAACCCGGAUCCUUUUCCGGUACAGACCACGUCGGUUUUGAAAGACAGAGUCACACUCUCAGGAAGCUACUGGAUGCGAAACUCUCCACUAUGACGCUGCCCAAGUUCAUGACCACCAAAGGAUCCCAGACGCCCUCGGAGUCCUCCAGCAAUGACCUGGUCAUACCCCACCAUCCCCACGGGGCUGAACGUAACGGACUGGAGCAAAGCGUGGACGGAGACGAGUUCUGCCCCAGCAGUGAACAAGACAUGAACUAUGAGAACGUCUGCCUCUAUGAGGAGAUACCGGACUAUGAGAACAUCUACUUCGGCAGCUCAGAUGGUUCCAGUGUGGCCUGUCAGAGCCUGAUGUACAGUGACGAGGGGAUUUAUGAGGAACCGGGGGCGUAUUUGGAUAAACUCUCUUACUACGACAGAAGUUCUGCUGAGGUGGACGAUGUCAUCUCAGACGACGACUUCAUGGCUUCAUCGGAUGAAGAGGAGGACGAGGAAGACGACAGUUCUUUCUCCAGUAAAGGAGACCUUGAGCUGCAGGAGGAAAAUGGGAGCGGCCCCAAAAAGUCCAAGAUCUUUUACAUCGCCACUGAAAUUAUGACCUCUGAGAAAGUGUUCGUGAAUGUCCUGAAACUGCUCCAUGUUGACUUCCGCGAGGCGGUAGCUGAAGCGUCCCGUCAAAGUGGCAAACCUGUGAUCGAGGAUCGUCUGCUGAACCAGAUCCUGUACUACCUCCCUCAACUCUACGAGCUGAACCAGGACCUGCUGCAGGAACUACAGAACAGACUGGCCGUGUGGGAUGAAAACGACCAGCUGGCGGACAUCUUCCUACAGAGAGGUCCCUAUUUGAAAAUGUAUUCCACAUACAUCCGGGAGUUUGACAAGAAUGUGGCCCUACUGGAAGAGCAGAGCAAGAAGAAUCCAGCAUUCGGCGCUGUCGUACGUGAAUUUGAGGCCAGUCCACGUUGUGCCAACUUGGCUUUAAAGCACUACCUCCUAAAGCCCAUUCAGAGAAUUCCACAGUACCAGCUCCUGCUCAGAGACUACUUAAAAAACCUGUCCAAAGACUCGUCUGAUUACAAGGACACACAAGCUGCUCUUGCUAUCGUUAAAGAAGUGGCAAAUCAUGCCAAUGACAUCAUGAAACAAGGGGAUAACUUCCAGAAACUAAUUCAAGUGCAGUGCAGCCUGAACGGCCAUCACGAAAUAGUCCGACCUGGAAGGAUCUUCCUGAAGGAGGGCUCCCUCAACAAGCUGUCCAGGAAGAUCAUGCAGCCCAGAAUGUUCUUCCUGUUCAACGACACCCUGCUGUACACCACCCCUGUCCAGUCCGGCCAGUACAAGGUCAACAACAUGCUGUCUCUGGCUGGAAUGAAGGUCAGCAAGCCCAGCCAAGAAGCCUACCAGAACGAGCUGACCAUUGAGAGCGUGGAGCGCUCGUUUAUUCUGUCCGCAAGCUCGGCGUCAGAGCGAGACGAAUGGCUUGAGGCCAUUUCCACAGCCAUCAGCGACUACACCAAGAAGAAGAUCACGUUCUUAUCUGGAAAGGCGUCAGAUGAGGCGCAGCUGAGCGACACUGGAGACGGAGCUCUUUUGGGCUCCAAAGCUCCCGUUUGGAUCCCGGACCCACGCGCCACAAUGUGCAUGAUCUGCACCUGUGAGUUCACGCUGACGUGGAGGCGGCACCACUGUCGGGCCUGCGGAAAGGUGGUGUGCCAGUCGUGUUCCUCCAACAAGCACUGCCUUGUGUACCUCAGGAACCAGCUGGCGAGAGUCUGUGACCAGUGUUACCUUGUACUGCAGGAGCAGAAAAGUAGGAAACAUCCUCCACCCACGACUUCUUCGCACUCACCCACUCGUGUGUCUUCCCCAGGUGAACAAGCCCUCUCGGCGGCGGCAACACCCGGCAACAAAGGCUUCGGUUUCUCUCGUAGACAAAAGAAGAUUCCGGCGACCCUCAAAGAGGUGACGGCCAGCACGGGCAACUCCUCCAUAAGUGGCUACUUGCAGAGGUCCAAGGGCAAAAAGAAGCAAGGGAAGAGGCUGUGGUUUGUCAUCAAAGAUAAAGUCCUAUACACCUACGCUGCCAGUGAGGAUGUGGCCGCCAUGGAGAGUCAGCCUCUUUUAGGGUUUGUCCUGAAACAGGACCCGUCCCAACAGUUGCAGUUCAAGCUUUACCACAAAAACACCCUGUACUACAACUUUAAAGCCGAUGACGCCCAAACAGCACAGAGGUGGAUUGACACGUUCCGAGACUCAGCAGUGCUUUAGUGUCUGGACCCGUGUGUGACAUUUCAACGUUGGCAAGAAAGGUUUUUUUUACCUCAGUGCUUCCAGAGUUUUCCAUCUGGAGACACCCAUGUUUCCCAUGUGUUAUUUUUACUACCCCAUCAAAUACGGACGCUAUGUUUUUUAUAUUGUCUGUAUCGUCUUUUUAAUCAUCCCUAGCCUCGUUAUUUUUUCGCUCGCACAAUUUGUGAUUUCACACACUAUACCUCCUUCUUCACUUUUUAUUUCCAAUGUAAUAAACUUCCACCUUAAAUUAUUAAUAUAUAUAUAUAUUUUUUUUUUACAAUGACAAAUGGUGUGUUUUAUGUGUUCACUAGAAGAUCUGCGAUGGAUCAUAACCACGCUCUGCACUUGGUUCACUAAAAAUGUAAAUAGUUUAGAGUCCACCAGUGUGUUGUGUAAAUAUUAUUGUAAAUAUUAUUGGUGAUCAUCACUCAUUAAAUCAAAUGUGCAUAACAUUCCCUUA